AAAAAGAGAAACCCUAGCAAAUUUUUUGAGCCAGUAAAUCAUAGCGUCCGGUAGAACCUCCAUGUAAUCUCCUGUAGCAUAGCACCUCCAUAAUCGAAAAACGGAAUUUACUUCUUCCUUUAAUAUUUUUUAUUAAAAGCAACAAGCCUUCGACUUCCGAUCGAAUCACCCAAAAAUAGUGCAAAACACUAUAUAACGUGAAAUAAGAAAUUAAUCCUUUUUUCCCUCUCUUUGUCUACGAUAUUUCAGCACAUCUGAUUCGGAAGCUCGAAGGCUUUUUUCCUCUGUAUUACUUUAAAUGGGUGCUCCUAAGCAGAAAUGGACAGCUGAAGAAGAGGCAGCAUUAAAAGCUGGAGUCAUCAAACAUGGUGCUGGAAAAUGGCGAACGAUAUUGAAAGACCCUGAAUUCAGUGGUGUCUUGUAUCUACGUUCCAACGUAGAUCUCAAGGAUAAAUGGAGAAAUAUGAGUGUGAUGGCAAAUGGGUGGGGUUCUCGGGACAAAGCUAGGUUGGCCGUAAAGAGGACACCUAGCAUUCUUAAACAGGAGGAUGGUGCUAUGGCCCUCACUGUUGUUCCAAGUGAUGAAGAAAUUGCAGAUGCUAAGCCCAUAUCAGUUCCCAGCACUACGGUGCAGAUUCCAACUUCAACAAAGAGAUCCAUUGUGAGGUUAGAUAACCUCAUUAUGGAAGCGAUUACAACCUUGAAGGAGCCUGGUGGUUCCAAUAAGACAACUAUUGCUGCAUAUAUAGAGGAGCAAUAUUGGGCACCUCCUGACUUUAAGAGGCUCUUGUCAGCAAAGUUAAAGUAUUUGACAGCAUGUGGUAGACUGAUUAAGGUCAAACGCAGGUAUAGAAUUGCUCCUGCUCUGUCAUUUUCAGACAGGAGGAGGAAUCACCCCAUGCUAUUUUUAGAGGGAAGGCAAAGGGUUUCUCCUCGAUUUGAUAGGAAUGAUUUCCAUAUCCUCACAAAAUCUCAGAUUGACUUAGAGUUAGCCAAGAUGAGGACAAUGACUCCACAAGAGGCUGCUGCAGCUGCUGCUCGAGCAGUUGCAGAGGCAGAAGCUGCAAUAACAGAAGCUGAAGAAGCAGCAAGAGAGGCAGAGGUUGCAGAAGCUGAUGCAGAGGCAGCACAAGCUUUUGCAGAAGCAGCAAUGAAGACUCUAAAAGGAAGAAACAAUCAGAAAGUGGUGGUUCGAGGUUGAUUUGACAAAAUGAGCAACAAUGUGUUAUGAAGGUUGGCAUUUUUGUAGCAUGCACCCAGUUAUCAUCGGUAUUUGUAAAUAUGGUUAAGGCCUUUUUGGGUGCAUAUGUAUAGGAUUCUUCCUUACAAGCAGAUCCUUCUGGAAUGGUAGAUUCAGUUAACAGGCUUUCUUGCUGAUGGUUUCAAAUUCUGGAAUUCUUCCUCCUUUAUUUUGGUUCUUUUUAAUAGGGGAAUAUUCUGGGUAUCACUUGAUGUCAUUUCCCGAACUCUGCACUCGGGAGGCUGGAAACCGUAGAAAUUAGAAUGUAUAUAGGGGUAGGAACUAUUUGUAACCAUCUGAAAUAUCUGUUGUGUAGUACACUAUGUUCAAGCAUUUUCAUACCUUUUGCUAUAGAAUGAAUCCACUGGCUGUAGUUUUUGUGCCACAUCUUGUAUGAUUUCUUCUAGAUUUUCUGGUAAUAAUUUUUGGGGACUGGACUGAAUCUUUGUUGGUUGGCAGUAGCUUGAUUUGCAUUGGCAUUUUCAUCCAUGAACUUGGA